AUGGAUAAUAAUACUAAAUAUUUUCAUAUCUUGGCUAAUAGGAGAAUGUUUAGGAAAAAUAUAGAUUGUAUGUGUGAUGUUAAUGGUGUCGGGUAUGAUAAUAGGGAUGACAUUGCAAAUUUGUUGGUUAACCAUUUUGAGACUGUUAGUAAAACCUCUAACCCUUGUUUAUCUGCUGAUACUUUUGACAUUCUACCAACAAUUAUUUCUGACCAGAAUAAUCUUGAUUUCACUAGAGUCCCUUCAAGUGAGGAAAUUCAUAAUACUGUUAAACACAUGUCUUCCUGGAGCUCUCCAGAGCCUGAUGGUUUUCAGGAUGGCUUCUACCAAGCCAAUUGGGAUAUUAUUGGUCAUGAUCUUAUCAUUGCAGUCCGAAGUUUUUUUGAAAAUGGUUUUAUUCCCUCUUCUUUCAACAAAACUUAUAUUUCCUUGAUUCCUAAGACUGAUGAAGCCAAAAACCCAGUAGAUUUCAGACCUAUAGGUUUGUGCAACACUGUUUACAAGAUCAUCUCAAAAAUUAUUGUUGAAAGAAUUGAACCACACUUGAAACACCUUAUUUCCCCCUAUCAAGAUGCUUUUGUCCCAGGGAGAGUAAUACAUGACAAUUUUAUUGUUGAUCAUGAAAUGAUACAUACUAUGAAGCACAAGGAAGGUAUUAGUGGCACUAUGGCACUGAAACUGGACCUUUCUAAGGCAUUUGAUAGGAUUGAAUGGCCUUUUUUACUAGGUAUUCUUAGGAAAUUUGACUUUAAUGAGAAAUUUUUUGGUUAUAUAAAGCAAUGUAUUUCAACUACACAAGUUGCAAUUUUUUUGAAUGGUUCUCCUAUUAAGAGUUUCACACCCUCUAGAGGAAUUAGGCAAGGUGUUAAGGCAGCUAGAAAUUCUCCAGGUAUUACUCACUUAAUGUUUGCAGAUGACCUCCUGAUUCUGGAGGAUUUUGGUAAAGUUUCUGGUCAAGUUCUCAAUUUGGACAAAUCAAGUGUUUACUUUAGUCAUAAUAUCAGUCCUAGUACUAGACAGACUCUUGUUACUCAACUUAAAAUGUCUGAAAUGAAAGACAGUGAUAAAUAUCUUGGUGUCACUCUUUUGAUAGGUAUAGAAAAAACUAGAGCUUUUAAUCCUGUCAUGCAGUCUUUUGGUUCUACGCUCAAAAAAUGGAAAGGGAAAACAAUGAAUCAUUCAGCUAGGUCUACUAUGGCGAAACAUGUGCUUAAUGCUUUGCCAACUCAUCAAAUGGGUUUCUUUAGAUUUCCUAAGACUAUGAUUGAGAAAACGGACUCCAUCCAAAGGGAUUUUUGGUGGGGUCAUCAAAACAGUAGAGGUCAUUGUCCUAUUGGUUGGAAUAAACUUAGUAUACCUAAAUAUUUAGGUGGUCUAGGUUCUAGAAAUCUUGAGCAUUUUAAUACUGCUAUGCUCACUAAACUUGCUUGGAAGGCCUGUAAUGAAAGUAACUCUCUUUGUAUGCAGAUUAUUAGAUCAAAAUAUGGUAAGAAUGGUAGCUUACUUCAUCUUGAUAAACUCAAGGAUGAUUGUUCAUGGAUUUGGAGAAGUAUAUACUCUGGUCUUGAGGUUGUCCAACAGAAUUCCAUGUGGAUUGUUCAAUGUGGCAGAAAAAUUAAUAUAUGGCUAGAUAAUUGGAUAAUACGUUACAAUAGUCUACAUGUCCCAGUAAUGGUAAUAUCUAGUCUAAAUUAUUAUUCUUUGGUUUGUGAUCUUUUUCUCCCUAAUACUAGGAUUUGGAAUACUGAUCUUAUUACUUCAUUGUUUAAUCAUGAGACUGCUACAACCAUUCUUAACAUGAAUAUUCCUUCUAUUGGUCAAGAUUACCUAGUUUGGAAGCCAGACAGAAAAGAUCAUGACACUAAUGAACAGAUUGCUAGAUUUGAGGCUGAAGGCUAUACUUGUAAACUAAUGUGUACUAUCUGGUACAUUUGGAAAGAUAGAUGCAAUUUGUUUUUCCAGAAUGCUAAACCAAAUGCUAAUAGAUAUGUGAAAAUCAAUAUUGAUGCUUCUUAUAUGUAUGAUACUAAAAAGGGCAGUGUUGGACUGAUUACUCGUGAUUAUGCAGUAGAUUGGAUUGAACAUCCAGAUUACAUGAAUGUGGUUUUUGAAAUGGAUUGUACUAAUGUGGUGAACUCUCUUCUUAGUGAUAAAUCACAGAUUCACUGGCAUAACCAACAUUUACUUUUAGCUAUUAAGAAUAAAAAAUUUAGGUACAAGUUCUGGUUCUGUAAGGAAGUCCAUAGGUUAAGUAGUAGUGUUGCUCAUGCACUUGCAAGGAAAGCAAGGCUUGAAGCCAACAAUUUUCUUUUUAUGAACAAUUAUCCUCCCGAUAUCAUCAAAAUGACAGAAGAUGACUAUAACUACACUAUGGGUACCAGAGAUGCUGCAAGUGCUGAUGAGAAACAACAUGAUGUUGGGAAGGCUCAACAUGAUGUUGGCAGUGGCCAACAUCGCAACAUCAGUCGUUUGCUAGGGAGCAAAGCACACACCAAGAAGAAAAUGUCUUCUGGACUGAUGUACAUUGAUGUGAAGUUUUAG